AAUGCUUUCAAGAAAAUCUUUAUUAUUCAAUCCUUGUCUCUAUAGAUUUUGUUCAUUCCGAGAAGAGUAUGAUACAUUUGGACCAAUCAAAGUUAAAAGUGAUAGACUUUGGGGAGCUUAAACUUAAAGAUCAAUCUAAAACUUCGAUAUUUGCAGAGACACCGAUAAAAUGCCUCUCCCAGUCAUCAAAGCUUUUGGAAUACUCAAAAAAUCAGCAGCUAUUGUAAAUAAAAGAUAUGACCUCAAACCUGAAAUUUCUGAUGCCAUAGCUAAAGCUGCAGGUAAAUUUAAUAUAUCUAAUAUUCUCUAGAUGAAGUUAUCGCUGGAAAAUUGAAUGAUCAUUUCCCAUUAGUUGUUUGGUAAACAGGUUCAGGCACAUAAUCAAAUAUGAAUGCUAAUGAAGUUAUAGCAAACAGAGCCAUCUAAAUCUUGGGUGGAUAAAUUGGUGGUAAAUUAGUACAUCCAAAUGAUCAUGUCAAUAUGAGUUAAUCCUCUAAUGACACAUUCCCAACUGCUAUGCAUAUUGCUACUGUUAUUCAAGUAUUAAUUAAUUUAGUAAACUAUAGACCAAUUAAGUAUUAAUUCCAGGUUUAUAAACACUUUUGGCAAGUCUUGAAAGAAAGGCUUAAGAAUUUGAUAAGAUCAUAAAAAUUGGUAGAACACAUACUUAAGAUGCCACUCCUUUAACAUUGGGAUAAGAAUUCAGUGGAUAUGCUUAAUAAGUAAGAAACAGCAUUGAAAGAGUCAAAACAUCUCUUCAUUAAGUUCAAUAUUUAGCUUAAGGAGGAACAGCUGUUGGAACUGGAAUUAACACAUAUGUUGGAUUCGCUGAAGCUAUUGCAGAUUAAGUGAGCAAAGAGACAGGAUAUGAAUUCAAAACUGCCCCUAAUAAAUUUGAAGCUUUGGCUUCUCAUGAUGCCUUAGUAGAUUUUCAUGGAUCAUUAAAUGCUGUUGCUGUUUCUUUAAUGAAAGUAUUAAGAAAUAAUAUAAUAGAUUGCUAAUGAUAUCCGUUUUUUAGGAUCUGGUCCUAGAAGUGGUUUAGGAGAAUUGAUAUUACCAGAGAAUGAACCAGGAUCAUCAAUAAUGCCUGGAAAAGUUAAUCCUACUUAAUGUGAAGCUUUGACAAUGGUGUGUGCUUAAGUCAUGGGAAAUUAAGUUGCUGUUACUGUAGGUGGUUCAAAUGGGUAAUAAUAUAUCAAUAUAAUAUUUAGACAUUUUGAAUUGAAUGUUUUUAAACCAGUUAUCAUUCACAAUGUUCUACAUUCAGUUAGACUUUUGGGUGAUGCAAGUGUAUCAUUUACUAAAAAUUGUGUUGAUGGAAUUCAAGCAAAUACAAAGAAAAUUGAAGAAUUAAUGAAUUAAUCUUUAAUGCUUGUGACUGCUUUAAAUCCAUAUAUUGGAUAUGAGAAGGCAGCUAAAAUUGCUAAACAUGCACAUAAACAUCAUUAAACUUUAUUAGAAGCUGCCUUAGAACUUAAAUUAUUGAAUGAGGAACAAUUUAAAUAAUGGGUUAAACCUGAAUCCAUGAUUGGCCCAUAAGAAUAUAAACCAAAAAAAUGAU